CUGUAACAGCAGUUAGAAUAACCAAUAGAGAAACACGGGGAUACAACUCAUCAAACCAAACCCAACAGUUUAUAGACAGGAUGAUUCAAAUACACCCAGUAUCUGACCUAUAGGGUAUAGGAAUAAUCUAUACAUUUUACAUUAGCCCAGGUAUUGAAUUCAUAAGUGCAACACAUACUAUACACAUCACACAGCUGAACACUGAACACCACGUCUCACUCUGCAAUACACAAUAAAUCAUGUAGUUAAACGGGAAUAUGUGGAGUAUAUUUUUUGAAAAACGAUGUAUAGAAAACGACGGAAAUCGACCUGCGCAGUCUCAACUAGGCGAUGCGCAUCUCUGUAGCGGUGAAUUUGAUUACUGGACGACUUCGGCCUCCGAUCAUUUAAAUCUGAGUGCAAGUGGAGAGGAACUCCGUGCAUUGGGAUGUACUGGAUAUAGUCUGGGUUUGGGUCUGUCAAUGUCAGUAGAGGAAGGGUUUCGUUUCCUUUCAUAUUGCCGUGUUUCAUUUUAUUGAGCGCGGCAAAGUUAAAGCCACGGAUUAUAUUAAGACACGUACCCGGCGGAAGAGAAGCAGGAACGGGUUGCAGCAGACCAUAAAAGUCGGGGACCGGAGUUCUUGAAAAGUGUCUACAUUUCUAACGAGAUACAGUCUUGCUUUCUUCUCUCGGUUUGUUUUGUCAGCUCAAUUGAGGUCAGUGAUUAUGGAGGCUCCUCCUGUCACUGUGAUGCCUGUCACAGGUGGCAGUAUUCACAUGAUGGAGUACCUGCUGCAAGGCAGCGUGCUCGACCAGGCUUUAGAGAGCCUGCUCCACCGCCUGCGUGGUCUGUGUGACAACAUGGAGCCGGAGAGCUUCGUGGAUCAUGAGAUGGUGUUCCUGCUGAAAGGGCAGCAGGGCAGCCCCUUCAUCCUCCGGGCUAGGCACUCCCUGGACCGGCCUACUGCCCCCUGGCACCUGCGCUACUUGGGUCAGCCCGAGGUGGGAGACAAGAGCAGACACGCUCUGGUCCGCAACUGCGUGGACGUGUCGGCCUCCCACAGCCUCCACGACUUCCUGCUGGAGAUGGGCUUCCGAAUGGACCACGAGUUUGUGGCCAAGGGGCACAUCUUCCGGAAGGGGGCCCUGAAAGUGGUGGUGUUUAAGCUGUUUCGAAUCCUCCUGCCAGGCAACACUGAGAGCACGGAGCCCCUGUCCCUCUCCAACCUCGUGGAGCUCAGUGUCUUAGCCCCAGCUGGCCAGGACAUCGUGUCUGAUGACAUGAGGAACUUUGCAGAGCAGCUCAAACCCCUGGUCCACCUGGACAAGAUCGACCCCAAGAGGCUAAUGUAGACACCUGCAGCUUCGGGACGCUUGCAACAGAGGGUCACCAUUUAUUGAGUGUGAAACUACAUUGGAUGUGAUCAGAUUUUCAAUAUCAAAUACAAACUGUAAGAUUAUCUUCUGAACUCCCUAAGUGUGUAAUAUUUGAAAUCCAAAAGAAAGAUGCUAAUUUAAUAAGAAGAAAAUACAUAGACGUGUACACUUUCAGGUAAUUUCAUGAUUAGCUCUAGUAGCUCAGCAUUCAAUUAAUUGCAUUUAAAAUAAUACCUACCUUUCCCUUUGAGAUCUAUAAUGCAUAUUGGAAACUAGGAAGAAAAUAAUUUCAAUUUGAGAUGUGUUUAGAUAAUUAACACUAUUAUAUUGAUACCCCAUGCAAAGAAAACAAGUUACUCUUGGGGGGGGGGGGAUUAAUUCAGCACAGGAGAGUGUAAAAUUCUAUUUAUUGAUGGGGUACAUGUUUGUCCCAGCAAUAAAAUAUUAGAAAGAAAUCAUGAUUUUCGUCUCUGUAUUGUAUUGAGGUAUAAUAGGAAAGAGACUUUUGGCCAAAACAUCUUCUAAAUAUAGGUUCAUCAUAUCCAACUUGUUAUAGUUGAUCCUCUCCAGCAAUAAGCAGGAAAUAGUGCUUAGACUCUGAUUUAGACUUUAAAGGUCAAUUACAGUGUUCCAGGGAUUUAGUCCACAUAUAGUGGACUAAAAUGCAGACUAGAAAAUCCUGCAGAUCUGUCUAGCUUAAUCCUGGUUGUAGUGUGCCAAACAGAUUUUACUGGUAAUUGGUUUAGCUGAUUGGAACGAGUAGAAUAAGUUAGAACAAUAAUGAGCACUAACCUAGAGCUCUGGCCAAAGGUUUUGCAUCACCCUAUAGAAUUAACUAAUCCUGUUUCAUAAGAUUGAAUGAAACCUGC